AUGCCCAGUGGCAAUUGGAAUCGAAGCACACAGCUGGAACUUAACACGCGCGAAAGCUCGUUCGAUGACUUUGACUACUCGCUCGACCGAGCGCUAAACUCCGCCUCCAACAACUUCUUCCUGCGUUCCACCUCGCGCCACGGAUCUCUGGGGUCGGUUCUGGGCAUUCCGUUGGUCAGACUAGAUAGCAGAGAGGAUGACGAGGAGGAUUUGAACGAUGCCGAUCACGAUAACCGCCCGCUUAUACGACACAGUGACAGUGCCACGAGGAUAGCGCGAUCCGGCUCUCAGACCCAACCUACACCUUCGGCUCUGGGGGUGAUUGGCAGCAUCAGGCUGUUUUUGUCGAGUACUGCUGGGAUCUACAACGUGCUUCAUGGCGAAAUUAACCAGGAAUUACAGAGACGGGCCGGCGAGUUUGAUGAGAGUCAUUUGGGCGAUGAGCGCUAUGUGUCACCCCGAAACAACAGCAAAAAAACCUUUGUGUCGAAUGCCAUAUCCAACGCCAAAUAUAACCCAGUGACUUUUAUCCCGGUGAUUUUAUACGAGCAGUUCAAAUUCUUUUUUAACUUAUAUUUUUUGUUGGUGGCUUUGUCACAGAUCAUACCUCAGUUGCGCAUCGGUUACCUUUCCUCAUACAUUGUGCCAUUAGCUUUUGUCCUUACCGUUACGAUGAUGAAAGAGGCCGGAGAUGACAUAGCUAGACGCAGAAGAGACAUGGAGCAGAACAACGAACAAUACGAAGUGCUCAAUCGUCAAUCGCCUCUUACGCAGGAUGUCAGUCUAAUCCCGUCGAAAAACUUGAAAGUAGGAGACUUGGUCCGGCUACACAAGGACACUAGGGUCCCAGCAGAUAUGAUUCUUCUCCAGUCUUCCAGAUGCGAAUGGGGAAGCGUUCAUCAAAACGGACCAGUUGGAUGGCGAGACUGA